AUGGCGGUUCGCCGCUCCGCUCGCCUUCGUAGCGUCAGCUCUCAGCCCGAGCCCCAGGAAUCAUCCCCUCAGCCCGAAACGAAUUCUCGCCUCCCUUCGGUCGCAGAACGCGACGAAACUGCUCGUGAUGUUUACCCUACCGUCCACACCCCAGUGACCAAGAAAACUCCCCAGAAGACUCCAAUCACCGCCGCCAGGAUGUCAGAGGCACGUACCCCUACCACCGGGUCUGCUGCGCGUCCUUCUCGCUCCGAAAUGCACCCCAGCAAGACACAUCAAAGUACCACUAAGCAGGCCGACUCGGGUCUGAUCCUUGGUUUCAACCCUAUCAAGAAAGACGCCAAUGGUAACCCACUUGGCGCGUUUGAUAGCACUCCUUCCAAGUCGAAAGCUUCCCCGGCUCCCUCGCUAUUCGGCACUCCUGGAUAUGAGUUCAAGUUCGGCCAGGACUCGCAACUCAGCGAGGAAGCUAAGAGACUCAUGGAUAGUGUUCGAGGCGAAGUUACACGCAUUAAAUCUCAAAUGAUCUUCGACAAGUCAAAGGAGAGCGAGGAGGGCCAGAAAUCUGGGCAGAACCAUGGCGACCGGAAGAUCGCGAUGCCCAAGGGUCGGGCAAGCCGCUUCAGCGAUGUACACAUGGUCGAGUUCAAGAAGAUGGACUCUAUUGCCAACCAUCCCUCCUCUUUCCGGGCCACGCCCGGUCGCUUCCAGCCUGUUACCACUGGUAAAUCUCUGAAGCGGACUAAGUCCAAGGCGCAGCUAGACGACCGUGUUCCUCCAGGCUCGUCCCUGCCAGGUUCUCCCUCGAAGUCCUCUGCCGUCUCAAUCUCGCCUGCUGCUACCACCAAGCGCGCCAAGCAUAACUCAUCUGAAGAUGCAUCGACCAGCCGCCUUGAAGUCCCGAGCAAUGUUUCUGCUCCGAAACCUACUGGUGCUCAUUCCCGCGCGACUAUGCGCAGUUCCCUCAUGACUCCCACUAGAGCAUCCAUGGCGCGCAUCGUUUCGACCAGCAUUAAAGCACCCAAAACGACAUUGAUUCCCUCCCUGGCGCGUUCUCCCUCAACCAAGGCUGUGACUUCUCCACGAACCCCGCGUACAGACUUCAAUCCGAGAAUCAAAGGCAACUUGCCCAGCUUCAGCAACCUCAAAUCUAUCUUGCGCCGGCGCCAGCCCUUGUUCUCUCGUGAUCCAAGUAAGAUCGCUUCUGGCACUCAUGUGGCUGCUCCCGACUUCAAUCCCGAUGUGCUCUUUGCCAAAGAUGAGACCACUGACUCCGCGCCGACUCCAUCGCCCAAAAAGCACGUUGAGUUCACCCCGAGCGUUAAAUCGCCCUACGAGCUUGUCCACUCGCCUUCGCGCUCCAAGAUCCCCACCACGCCCUCGCGCUCAAACGUGUCGGAGGUCGUUUAUCCCACUCUUCCUACGCUCACUCCAGACCACAACACUGUUUCGGCCGACAAAAGCCCCGUUCCGCCUAAGUCCCCCAGCAUUCGACACGUCCGCAAGUCAGAUACGGAUAAGAAGGGACCUGUUUAUCCUGAACUGCCAGUCUUGGCCAACGGCAUUGCCCAUGGCAUCAUCAACAAGAAGAGACAUCGUGGUGAGGUCGACGACGAGUCCGGUGCUGAUAGCGAGAAUGUGCCCCCGGCUGAUGCGCACACCGGUGAGCGUGGCACUAAGCGCUUCAAGGCAAACCCACCACCCACUCCCAGUCCGGUCAAGAACCGCUCUAUCAAGACUCCCAGUCGCUCCAUCUCCGGUCGUCUGGGUACUCCUACCAGUACUACUGCUAGUGCGAAACAAAAGGCUCGUGGGGUACUCAGUCUGAGUCGUUUGAACAUGCUCUCCAAGCCCAAGAGCCGCACUGGUGCUUAA